CCUCAACCCUCCUUCCUCUCUUCGGAGUUUUCCAGCGAAACAAAGAAACAAUCAAUCAAAGAGAACUCAAAAGUUGAGAAGAUGAAUCACGUGACAGCAAUGGAGGAACAAAUAGUUUCAGAGAGAAUGAGAAAGAAACUUGAAGAAGUAAAUGCAGCUGCUCAAAGCCAUCUUUUUCCUGUUCAAGACCAUAUCAAUUUUACCCUCCAGCAAGCAUACUUCAAAUGUGCAUAUGAUUGCUUUGAUAGGAGAAGAAAGCAAGAAGACAUUAGCAAUUGUGUUGAACAUUGCAGUGUUCCAGUUAUGAGAGCUCAGCAACACUUUGAGAAUGAGAUGGCCAGGUUUCAAGAGCGAUUGAAUAGGUCUCUAAUGGUUUGCCAAGACAAGUUUGAGUCAGCAAAGCUCCAAAAGAUUGGUACUGAGGCCGUAAAUGAUUUAGAGUCGUGCGUUAACCAUUCAAUAGACGAAAACCUCAAGACGCUGCCGCAUCUCGUUGGAAAAUUGAAGACUCAAUUCUCCAUCAAGGAUUAAGCCAAAUGAGUAACACAACAAUGUUAUGAAUGCUUUUUCUGGUUAAUCUCAUAUUCUUAGUCAAGCAAUGACAUUUUUUUUUUUUUUUAAA